AUGUGUGAAAUAUUUACUUCAAACGAAGCUUUUAAUGGUGUGAACACUGUUCAAAAUGUAAUGCUAUACGAUAUCCCAGGAUUUACCAAGUCAAUUCUUCCUACCAAUAAUCAUCAACCUAAUCCACAACAAUUAUCUAAUAAUCCUCAGGAAUAUUUACCGAAUACUACAACACAUAAUGGUGACCAACCUACUUUAUCCACAAAUUUUCUUGCAAAUAAUAAUAAUCAACAAGUGCAUACUACGAAAUUUAUUAUUGAUAGUAUUUGGAUAAAUUUUCCAGUACAUUCUACCGCUCAAGUCAUUCCACUACGAGUAUUUAUACAAGAGAUUUUACGUAGAUCGCGAACUUCAUGGUCAACUCUUCAAACAACUUUAUUUUAUAUGGUUAGAGUUAAACCUCAAAUUGAAUUACUUUGGUCAAAUUCGAUAUCAUCCGAUCAACGAACGACAAAUGAUUCAGCUACUUGUGGUCGUCGAAUGUUUCUUGCUUCACUUAUAGUGGCAUCAAAAUAUCUUCAAGAUCGUAAUUAUUCCAAUUAUGCUUGGUCAAAAAUAUGUGGAUUGCCUGUACAAGAAAUUAAUUCUAUUGAAAGAAGAUUCUUGAUGUUAAUUGGAUACAACCUUUUUAUUAGUGAAAAUAAUUUCAAACAUUGGUCUAAUUUGUUAAAUUCGCAUAUGAUGGCUAUCUCAGGAUCUACUGAGAAUGCUAGUGGUGUAACUUUAAAAAAGGAAGAAAAUCAAAAUAUUACUCAAUUCAAACAAAUGUUGUGGAUGUUACGUCCACAAUCUGCAGAAUGUUCAGUUCAGUCAGUAAAGGGAUAA